UUGUGACAUUUAUUGCGUUUCAAAACAAAAACACAAUUCAUUCAAACAAUCACUUCAUUUGAUCCCAAGAUAUGACACAACAGAUGAAACAUUUGAAGACAACACUCGAGACCACAGAUGACGGCGAAAAUGAUGACCAAAAAAGACAACAGCCAAACAUUUACGCGAAGAACUCAAUGGACAGAUUCGGUGAUGAUUUGUGUGCACUUCUCGUGUCUUAUCUCUCAUUCGAAGAUCGGUUUCUCUACGAAUGUGUGUCCAAACAGUUCCAGAGGACAGUCUUCGAGAGUGUUGUGGACAUCACUCUUAGCGACCGAUUUAUACAGCGAUUACUUAAAGAGAAAAGAAGUGAUAUUCAAAUGUUGGCCACAAUUGCCAUAAAGUGUGCAAACAUUGAGUGCAUUGACUGCCGAGGAAUAAGCGCUGAAUAUGAAGAACACAUUCCCGAAGUGUUGAACACAUUUCGAGACAAUUGCCGGCAUUUAAGGGAAAUAUAUUUGACGUCAAAAAGUGCGCAAACAAUGCCAUCGUUGGGACCACUGGUCACACGAAUCGGUGGUAUUAACUGCUAUACAGACAGUGAAGCUCUCACUCAUUGCCACCGAUUGUCACACUUGAGAACCCAAUCAUUUCAUGCAUUGAAUACACUGUUUGGCCAUAAUUUGCAUACAUUUGAGUUGAGAUCGCAUUUGGGGUCUUUGAACGACCGCUGGUCUGCAUUUGUGGCACACAAUCAGUCGCUCAAGUGUUUGGUUUUUUGGCGAUUUUAUUUUGGAAAUACUAUAUCUUUGACCGAAAUGUGCGGACAAUUGUCACGAUUAACACAAUUACGGGAAUUGACACUCGGGUUAGAUUUUGACGAACUGGACGGCCAGAAGUCCGCAGCUGUGAACCAGUGUUUGCGUACAAUUGGCGUGAAUUGCAAACAAUUGAAACGAUUGUCACUCCAACUGAUCUCAGUGGACACCGAACCCGUAUUCCCGAUAUCAUUGGAUUCGUUGAGAGUUUAUCGCCAAUUAAAACGAUUACAUUUAACAGCGUAUGCGACCGUCGAUGACCUGCUGUUGGAUCCGUUGAGACACUGCAAGAGAUUAACGGAUUUAGUGCUGUGUUUAUGUCAAUCAGUGCCUCCAGAGUCUGGCCGUAAAUGUUUGUCUCUUUACGCCGAGUCUUUGGCCCAAAUUUGCGGACAUUUGUCACAAUUACCACUAUUACGGGAACUGACACUCGGACUGGUGUUUGGUUCGCCGGACGGACUCAACUGUUCGGUGAUUAACCACUCUUUGCGGUCAAUUGGUGUGAAUUGCAAACAAUUAUACCGUUUGUCACUUGAGUUAAUGAUUUUUGAUGCCAUCGACCCGACACUCGAGACAUCAUUGGAUUCGUUGAGAUGUUAUUCACGGUUAAGACGAUUGCGUUUAGCUAUAGAUGUGGCCAUCGAUGACCGGCUGUUGGAUCCGUUGAGACACUGCAAGAGAUUAACGCAUUUAGAGCUCUGUUUACGGAAAAUGACAGCAAAUGUGUUGAAAUAUAUGCAUAUAAAUUGUCCGCGACUUCAAUACCUAUUCAUUCGUGACUUCUAUAGCAUUAUAGACACCGAGUGUUUGUCUCACAUCUCAAGACUACCGGCGCUGCAAAUGCUUGUCAUUGACGGCAAAAACUGUUGCGACGACUCCGAAGACUCUGAAGGCUGUGGCGAAGAAUCUAAUGAUCUCUCGGAUAAUGAAUUGAAUGCUGUGUUGUCUUCGAGUCCUAAACUCAAGACAAUUGAAAUCCGUGUCAACAAUGAGAAGAAGUUUUAUUCAAAGUAA